UCGGCCGGUCCUCAUCCUCUCUUCCUCCUCUUCUUCUUCCUCCUUCCCUGCACUCUCUCCACAACUUGGUCUCCAUCAGUCUUCAUGGUUCUGAUCUCACCCCACGCCAUGCAAGGCACCCGGGCGUCCACCACCGUCAGUGUGUUUGCGGACUGCAGCAUCCCGGCCGGGCUCCGGAUAGGACCGGUACCGGGUAUCUUCAAACUCGGGAAGUACGUUUCGGACCGUAAAGAAGUUGGACCCAAGAAGAAGAUCCGCUUGGUUCGGGGAGAGUUCGUGGACGAGUCGGGCUGUCCCGUGCCAGACUGGAUCGGAUUCAUUCGCGCAGCCAGAAACAGCCAAGAACAAAACCUGGAGGCUGUGUCGGACUUACCUGGUGGACAGAUUUUCUAUCGCGUGCUGAGAGAAAUCCCUGCAGGAGAGGAGCUCAGUGUUUGGUACUCCAACGCUCUGGCCCAGUGGUACGACAUCCCCACCACGGCAACUCCCACGCACGAUGAGAAAGGUGAGGAGCGUUACAUCUGCUGGUACUGCUGGAGAAUAUUUAAAUACCCGAACACACUCAAGGCCCACGUCCACUUCCACUGCGCCCUGAGCAACGGGCGGGGGUUUGUGAGCAGCGAGCAGGCCAGAGGCAAUGAGACCUUCAGCAGGUCACCAAAGUCUGGAGACAUCCCAAACACCUCCACCUCUCCGAGGAGCGGUCACAGUAACUCAGACUCUGGUAGACAGGCUGUGUCCUCCUCGCCGUUUUUAAACAAAGCGGGACUGUCAAAGAAAAGCAGCUCGGAGGAGCAGGACAGGGCCCUCGACAUGAGUGUUACCUCAGCCAGAAACCAGGGACACAUCCUCGGCCUCGGCGCCACCUCCUCAAUGCUGAGCAGCAUGGGCUUCCACCCGGGUGUGCGCUCUGCCUUCAAACCGACCGGCGUCUCCAAAGUCUCGUGCUCGGACGCCUCCAGAGAGGACGCAAAUGGGAAACUGAGCGUCCUGGGGUUCGGCAAACUCAUGGGGAACAUGAAACCAAUCCGCAAUGUAGGCGAGACUCUUAAUGGAGGAGGGAACCACCCCCCAAAAUGCGCACCUGCAAUUAUGGACGCCGCAUCUCCAAUGGUGCCAUGCACAAACGGUAUCAGAGGUUUCCCGUUGCUGCCUCACGUGGAGGAGACGUCAGCUUUUAAGCACGUGGACAGUCGGAUGCACUCCGGCCUGUCCCCGUCCCGUUACCCCCAGAUGCCCCCUGGACUCCAUUUUGAGAGGUUCUCUCUCCCUCACUUCGACGGUGUCAAGACUUAUGGUGGAGACUGUAACAUCCCACUCAUGCCCUUCACGGUCUAUAACGGGGAGCUUCUGUACAGCUCACCUUACUAUCCGCUCAAAUUCCACUUCAGCAACCUCCUCAAGUACCCAGAGUCCAUGUCCUACUUUGGUGCGCCCUCCCUAAACCAAGACCUGGGCUCAAUCACCAACAUCGACCGGGAGAUCGCCAUGCACACGCAACAGCUGUCUGAAAUCGCCGCGGAGAAGAACCGGACGAGGCUGGAUUCGAUGCCCACCGGGAGUGCCAGCAACGCCGUGUCUGGUAAACCGAAAAAAGGACACUUGUGUCUGUACUGCGGCAAGCUGUACUCGAGGAAAUACGGCCUGAAAAUCCACAUGAGGACUCACACAGGUUACAAGCCGCUCAAAUGCAAAGUCUGCUUCAGGCCGUUUGGAGACCCCAGCAACCUGAACAAACACAUCCGACUCCACGCGGAGGGAAACACGCCCUACAGGUGCGACUUCUGCGGGAAGGUGCUGGUGCGGAGGCGGGACCUGGAGAGGCACGUUAAGUCCAGGCAUCCCGGGCAGACCGUCAAAAAACUGGACGACAAACCCGGAGACCUGUUCGAGGACGCAGAGCACAAGAGCGACAAUGACAGUGAUGUGGACGUGUGCUUCACCGACGACCAGAGCGACCAAGAGUCGAGCAAAAAUAAUGACUGAGAUGUUUUCAUGUCCACAGAGAGAGACUGUUCAUGACCCCCAAUCAUGUACACAACAGAACAUGUCCUUUAGUCUUGUAAUGAAUUUUCACAUUUUAGAUAUUGACCCCAGGGCGCCUGAACCACACGACAGCAACAUCUCCAGACUUGAUGAUGAUUCGCAGUUGAAAUGUUGCUUUUUUCUUUGCUGACACACUCAGGAGAGGAAACAAAAAAUGAUCCAUUCUAAAAUCGGGCAGGUAAAAUGUUCAGUGUCUUCCUCAAGGACACUUCAACAAUGUUUCUCUGCAGGAAAAAAACGAACCUGUGGCCUUUGGUUGGUUUUUGGCACGCAUUCUUAACCGUGCUAAAACAGAGUGUGCCAGAGUGUUUUCGUUUUGUUUCAAAUCACUAUCAUUGUUGCUAUAUUUUUAUUUUUUAUGCAAAUGGAGAAAAAUGUCUUUAUCUGCUGCAUUUCAAACUGCUGACACUUAAGCAAUGCAAAACAACUGCGCACAAAACAAUGGCCCAACAUCUCUUACACACGUUUUCAGUGUCUUUAAUUUAAGAAGAAAAAACUGCCACUGAUUAAUAGGGCUUAUAAAUGACUUCUUGAGUUAGUCUAGAUUUAUUUUGCGGUCUCUUGUAAUGUGUCUCCCUCUGAGAAAGGAUCCGUGUGUUUGCGUAAAGGAACCAUCCC